AUGGAUCGCAAAAACGUUCUCUCUAUCGCAUUGAUCUGCAUUGUCUUCGCCGGCGUCGGAGGUCAGUCUCCGUCAUCAGCUCCGACGACAUCUCCAACAACAGUCUCUACUCCCACUGUUUCUCCCGUCGCACCCGUCGCAGCACCUUCCAAGCCUAAAUCACCAGCUCCGGUUGCUUCUCCGAAAGCAUCAGCAUCCACGCCAGCUUCAUCUCCCGUUGCUGUAACCGUCACUCCGGCUAAAUCUCCGGCUGCUCCAGUUCCGGUGGCUAAAUCUCCAGCAUCAACACCUCCAGCGGUUGCGCCAGUGAGUUCACCACCAACAACAACACCAGUUCCGGUCAGUUCACCACCGACACCGGUUCCAGUAUCUUCACCACCGACACCGGUUCCAGUAUCUUCACCACCAGCACCAGUUCCAGUAUCUUCACCACCUACUCCCGCACCGACAACCGCCACACCUGCCGUAACACCGACGGCUGAAGUUCCCGCUCAAGCUCCAACUAAACCAAAGAAAAAGGGAAAGAAAGGUAAGAAACACAGUGCACCAGCACCUUCACCGUCAUUGCUAGGUCCUCCCGCACCUCCGGUCGGUGCUCCCGGACCUGGUCUCGAUGCAUCGUCUCCCGGUCCAGCCUCUGCUGCUGAUGAGAGUGGAGCUGAGAGCAUGAGAUGCUUGCAGAAAAUGAUGGGAAGCUUGGCAUUGGGCUUGGCUGCCAUUCUUUUUAUGUUCUAG